CCUGAUUUCCCAGUCUGUGAUUGCAACGGGAAGUCCCAGCAAUGCAUCUUCGAUCAGGAACUUCACAGGCGGAUCGGGAACGGGUUCCGCUGCCUCCACUGCAGCGACAACACUGCUGGCAUCCACUGCGAGCGCUGCAAGGAGGGGUUCUACCGGCAGAGAGAAAGAGACCGCUGUUUACCCUGCAACUGUAACUCCAAAGGUUCUCUUAGCGCUCGGUGUGACAACUCUGGACGGUGCAGCUGUAAGCCAGGUGUGACAGGAGACAGGUGUGACCGAUGUCUGCCAGGCUUCCACACACUCACGGAUGCUGGGUGCACCCAAGACCAAAGGCUACUAGACCCCAAGUGUGACUGUGACCCAGCUGGCAUCUCAGGACCUUGUGAUGCGGGCCGCUGUGUCUGCAAGCCAGCUGUCACGGGAGAGCGCUGUGAUAGGUGCCGACCAGGCUACUAUCACCUGGAUGGGGGAAACCCUGAGGGCUGUACCCAGUGUUUUUGCUACGGGCAUUCUGCUAGCUGCCACAGCUCUGGGGACUACAGUGUCCAUAAGAUCACCUCCAACUUCCAUCAAGAUGCCGACGGCUGGAAGGCUGUCCAAAGAAACGGGUCUCCUGCAAAGCUCCACUGGUCCCAGCGCCACCGGGACGUGUUCAGCUCUGCCCGACGAUCUGACCCUGUCUACUUUGUCGCUCCUGCCAAAUUUCUUGGGAAUCAACAAGUAAGCUAUGGGCAAAGCCUGUCUUUUGACUACCGUGUGGACAGGGGAGGCAGACACCCAUCUGCCCAUGACGUGAUCCUGGAAGGUGCUGGCCUGCGGAUCACAGCUCCCUUGAUGCCACUGGGCAAGACUCUGCCUUGUGGGAUCACCAAGACUUACACGUUCAGAUUAAAUGAACAUCCAAGCAGUAACUGGAGCCCCCAGCUGAGUUACUUUGAGUAUCGGAGGUUACUGCGCAACCUCACAGCCCUGUGGAUCCGAGCCACCUACGGGGAAUACAGUACUGGGUACAUCGACAACGUGACCCUGAUUUCUGCCCGCCCCGUCUCUGGAGCCCCCGCGCCCUGGGUUGAACAAUGUGUGUGUCCUGUUGGGUACAAGGGGCAGUUCUGCCAGGAUUGUGCUUCUGGCUACAAAAGAGAUUCAGCCAGACUGGGACCUUUUGGCACCUGUAUUCCGUGUAACUGCCAAGGGGGAGGGACCUGCGAUCCAGACACAGGAGACUGCUACUCUGGGGAUGAAAACCCUGACAUCGAGUGUGCCGACUGCCCCCUUGGUUUCUACAACGACCCGCACGACCCCCGCAGCUGCAAGCCGUGCCCCUGCCGCAAUGGGUUCAGCUGCUCGGUGAUGCCCGAGACAGAGGAGGUCGUGUGCAAUAACUGCCCCCUCGGGGUCACUGGUGCCCGCUGCGAGCUCUGUGCCGAUGGUUACUUCGGGGACCCCUUUGGGGAACGCGGCCCAGUGAGGCCUUGUCAGCCCUGUCAGUGUAACGGCAACGUGGACCCCAGUGCGUCCGGGAACUGUGACCGCCUGACGGGCAGGUGUCUCAAGUGCAUCCACAACACAGCCGGAGUCUACUGUGAGCAGUGCAAAGCGGGCUACUUUGGGGACCCCCUGGCUCCCAACCCAGCAGACAAGUGUCGAGCUUGUAACUGUAACCCAAUGGGCUCUGAGCCCAUGGAAUGUCGAAGUGAUGGCAGCUGCGUUUGCAAGCCAGGAUUUGGUGGCCUCAACUGUGAGCACGCUGCGUUGACCAGCUGUCCAGCUUGCUAUGACCAAGUGAAGGCUCAGAUGGAUCAGACUGUGCAGCAGCUGCGGAGCCUGGAGGCCCUGGUCGCGAAGGCUGCAGGGGGCGGUGGAGGAGCGCCCGACGCAGAGCUGGAAGGCAGGAUGCAGCAGGCUGAGCAGGCGCUUCGGGACAUUCUCAGAGAGGCCCAGAUUUCGGAAGGUGCUAUGAGGUCCCUCAAUCUCCAGUUGACUAAGGCGAGGAGCCAAGAAAAUAGCUACCGGAGCCGCCUGGAUGACCUCAAGAGGACUGUGGAAAGAGUGCAGGCCCUGGGCGGUCAGUAUCAGAGCCGAGUUCAGGAUACCCGUAGGCUCAUCACUCAGAUGCGCCUGAGCCUGGAGCAGGGCGAGUCUUCCCUGAGAAACACGGACAUCCCUUCCUCAGACCGCUACGUGGGGCCAAAUAGCUUUCAGAGUCUGGCUCAGGAGGCCAUGAGACUGGCCGGCAGCCAUGAGGAAUCAGCCAAUAACAUGGAGCAACUGGCAAGAGAAACUGAAGAUUAUUCCAAACAAGCUCUACUGCUAGCGCGCAAGGCACUUCAGGAGGGAGGCAGCGGUGGCAGCCUGGAUGGCCCCGGGGUGCAAGGGCUUAUGGGAAGGUUGGAGAAAACUAAGUCUCUGGCCCAGCAGUUGUCCAGGGAGGCCACUCACAUGGACAUUGAAGCAGAUAAGUCUUAUCAACAUAGUCUCCGCCUUCUCAAUUCCCUUUCUCAGCUUCAGGGAGUCAGUGAUCAGGCCUUGCAGGUAGAAGCAAACAGGAUCAGACAAAAAGCUGAUUCUCUCUCAAGCCUGGUGACGAAGCAUAUGGAUGAAUUCAAGCAUAUGCAAAGCAAUCUGGGAAACUGGGAAGAAGACACCCGACAGCUCUUACAGAAUGGAAAGAAUGAGAGACAGAACUCAGCUCAGCUACUUUCCCGUGCCAACCUUGCCAAAAGAAGAGCCCAGGAAGCACUAAGUAUGGGCAAUGCCACUUUUUAUGAAGUUGAGAACAUCUUAAAGAACCUCAGAGAGUUUGACCAGCAGGUUGGAGACAGAAAAGCAGAAGCUGAAGAGGCCAUGAAGAGACUGUCCCAAAUAAGCCAGAAGGUUGCCGACGCCAGUAACAAGACUGAGCAAGCAGAACAAGCCCUGGGUGGUGCAGCUGCUGAUGCCCAGGGGGCCAAGCACGCGGCUAGGGAGGCCCUGGAGAUCACUGGCAAGAUAGAACAGGAGAUAGGGAGUCUGAACUUAGAAGCCAAUGUGACAGCAGAUGGAGCCUUGGACAUGGAGAAGGGACUGGCCACUCUGAAGAGCGAGAUGAGGGAAGUGGAAGGAGAGCUGGAGAGAAAGGAGCAAGAGUUCGACACAGAUAUGGACAUGGUGCAGAGGGUAAUUGCAGAAGCUCAAAGAGUUGAUAACAGAGCCAAGAAUGCCGGAGUUACGAUCCAAGACACACUCAACAGCUUGGACAGCAUCCUACACCUAAUAGACCAGCCCAGCAGUGUGAAUGAAGAGGGGCUGAUUUUAUUGGAGCAGAAGCUUUCCAGAGCCAAGACUCAGAUCAACAGCCAGCUGCGGCCCUUGAUGUCAGAGCUGGAAGAGAGGGCGCGGCGACAGAGGGGCCACCUCCAUGUGCUGGAGACGAGCAUAGAUGGGAUCCUGGCUGAUGUGAAAAACUUGGAGAACAUUAGGGACAACCUGCCCCCAGGCUGCUACAACACGCAGGCUCUUGAGCAACACUGAAGCUGCCGUACAGAUUUCUCAACUGAGGCUCUUGGGAUACAGGAGCUCUCUCAUGUGGGUGGGGAGGGAUGUGGACAUUUGAACAUGUUGCAUAGGCAUGCUCAGGUCAACUGAACCUGAUCCCACCCCUGAGACCUUGGCCAGACAGAUGUCUUAUUGCACCAGUGUGAUGCUACUUGCUUCCUGAUGCUGGGCAACAAGGCAAAUAGCAUUGAGCAGGAGACCAACCAAGGGCCUGAACCCCAAGGGAUAGACUGGAUGGAAGGACAAAAUCUUCGGGCAGAUGAUAUAGACAUGAACCAAGUCCUGGAGUAUGGACAAAGUGCUGCUGGGAGAUAGCUCAUUCUUUGAAUAGUGUGAC